AUGUUAGGCUCUUCCUGGCUCCUUCUCAGCCUUGCUGCUCUAACUGCUGCUCGAUCCACCACUGAGGAUCUGGUCAAGACAUUUUUGGAGAAGUUUAACUAUGAAGCUGAAGAGCUGUUUUAUCAAAGUUCAUUUGUUUCUUGGAAUUAUAACACCAAUAUUACCGACGAGAAUGUCCAAAAGAUGAAUGAUGCUGGGGCCAAAUGGUCUGCCUUUUAUGAAGAACAGUCCAAGCAAGCCAAAACUUACCCACUAGAAGAAAUUCAGGAUUCUACAGUCAAGCGUCAAUUGCAAGCACUUCAGCACAGUGGGUCAUCAGUGCUCUCAGCAGACAAGAGCCAACGAUUGAACACAAUCCUAAAUGCAAUGAGCACUAUCUACAGUACUGGAAAAGCUUGUAACCCAAAUAAUCCACAGGAGUGCUUAUUACUUGAACCAGGUUUGGAUGACAUAAUGGCAAACAGCAGAGACUACAAUGAGAGGCUCUGGGCCUGGGAAGGCUGGAGGUCUGAGGUUGGCAAGCAGCUGAGGCCAUUAUAUGAAGAGUACGUGGCCCUGAAAAAUGAGAUGGCAAGAGCCAACAAUUAUGAGGACUAUGGGGAUUAUUGGAGAGGAGAUUAUGAAGAGGAGUGGACAAAUGGCUAUAACUAUAGCCGCGACCAGUUGAUUAAAGAUGUGGAACAGACCUUCACCCAGAUUCAACCAUUGUAUGAACAUCUUCAUGCUUAUGUGAGGGCAAAGCUGAUGGACACCUACCCUUCCCAUAUCAGCCCAACUGGAUGCCUCCCGGCCCAUUUGCUUGGCGAUAUGUGGGGUAGAUUUUGGACAAACCUGUACCCUCUGACAGUCCCCUUCGGACAGAAACCAAACAUAGAUGUUACUGAUGCAAUGGUGAACCAGAGAUGGGAUGCAAGGAGGAUAUUCAAGGAGGCUGAGAAAUUCUUUGUGUCUGUCGGCCUUCCCAACAUGACUCAAGGAUUCUGGGAAAACUCCAUGCUAACAGAGCCAGGCAACAGCCGGAAAGUGGUCUGCCACCCCACAGCUUGGGACCUAGGGAAGCAUGACUUCAGGAUCAAGAUGUGCACAAAGGUGACGAUGGAUGACUUCCUGACAGCCCAUCAUGAGAUGGGACACAUCCAGUAUGACAUGGCAUAUGCUGAACAACCCUUCCUGCUAAGAAAUGGAGCUAAUGAAGGGUUCCAUGAAGCUGUUGGGGAAAUCAUGUCACUUUCUGCAGCUACACCCAAGCAUUUGAAAAACAUUGGUCUUUUGCCACCUGGUUUUUCUGAAGACAAUGAAACAGACAUAAACUUCCUAUUCAAACAAGCACUUACAAUUGUUGGAACUCUACCGUUUACUUACAUGUUAGAAAAGUGGAGAUGGAUGGUCUUUAAGGGUGAAAUUCCCAAAGAGCAGUGGAUGAAAAAAUGGUGGGAGAUGAACCAAAUGCUGAAACUUGGAAGAUCAAAACCCUGGACCUUAGCAUUGUAUAGUGUUGUAGGAGCAAAGAAUAUGGAUGUAAGACCACUGCUCAACUACUUUGAUCCUUUGUUUACCUGGCUGAAAGAGCAAAACAGGAAUUCUUUUGUGGGUUGGAACACUGACUGGAGUCCAUAUGCUGACCAAAGCAUUAAAGUGAGGAUAAGCCUAAAAUCAGCUCUUGGAGAAAAAGCAUACGAAUGGAAUGACAAUGAGAUGUACCUGUUCCGCUCAUCUAUUGCAUAUGCCAUGAGAGAGUAUUUUUCAGAAGUCAAAAACCAGAUGAUCCCUUUUGUGGAGGAUAACGUGCGGGUGAACAAUUUGAAACCCAGAAUCUCCUUCACCUUCUUUGUCACUUCACCUGGAAAUACGUCUCGCAUCAUUCCGAGAGCUGACGUGGAAGAGGCCAUCAGGAUGUCCCGGGGCCGUAUCAAUGAUGCUUUCCGCCUGGAUGACAAUAGCCUGGAGUUUCUGGGGAUUCAGCCAACACUGGGACCCCCUUACCAGCCACCUGUCACCAUAUGGCUGAUUGUUUUUGGGGUCGUGAUGGGAGUGGUGGUGGUUGGCAUCGUCCUGCUCAUCUUCUCCGGGAUCAGAAAUCGAAGGAAGAACGAUCAAGCCACAAGUGAAGAAAAUCCUUAUGCCUCUGUGAACUUGAGUAAAGGAGAAAAUAAUCCAGGAUUCCAAAAUGUUGAUGAUGUUCAGACUUCUUCAUUUUAG